CUUGAAGGCCCUGCAAAGCAGGCGACAUAAUAUGAUCCCCAAACAAAACAAACAGGAACAAACAUUUAUGCCUUGAUGCUUUGAUGCAACUGCCAGACGUUGCUAUGAAUGCCGGAAUGUACCCAAAUGUACCAACUUUUCCCUUUACUCCUCAUCCUACAUCCUCCCUGUCCCACCACCUAGACCAGCACGCUUUUGCGUGCCUGUGGACACUGUAUUGCCGUACGAUUUGUUCUGAUCUUGUUUAGGUCUAUAUUAUACCACCCAAGGCUGCGUGCAUCCCUUGGCAGCUUAACCUGGAGGCCAUAUAGAGCAAGGGGGGAGGAUGAUCCUCACAAAUUUCAUGCGAAAGAAUGUUAAUCGAAAGACGAAGGUAACAAAAUCGUCUGGUAUACCUCCUCGACCGCACCAGUCACCCUCCUCAUCUCUAUCCGCUCCUCCAGAGGAGAUCCUCGAUAUUCAUGAGAAGUCAGACAAUUCUCGGAUGUCCGAAGAACUCCCCCCAGACGGGGAUUCAUCUGUCAAUAGACCUUCUACGUCCACUUCUCGCACUCGAUUAAAUGUCGGAUCUUCUUUGGUCCAAUUGGACUAUAACCCAGAGCCCCUGGAUAACUGGUUCCCGCAGGAGCUAUUGAGCGGAAGGCGCGGUUCCCAUGAUUCUACAUGGAGCCUUCAUAUGAGUCCACCACCAGAAUCAGCGAUAGCUGAAGCUACCGUCCUGAACACCGCGAAGGAGGAUUUAAAUCCGGGUCCUACAUUUCAAGAGGCCAUUAUCGCCGAUAUAUCUCAUUCUCGGCAGCUGUCUGAUUGCGUGGUACCUUUCGCUUCGAAGAAGUCAAUCCCUGCUCCCAUCUUCAUACCGGAAGUCGAAAUGGCUCCUACCAAGGUUCCGACUAGGCGGCCAACAGCGAAUGCUGAAUCUUCGGGCACGAAUCAGCAGCCAUUUCCGACCACCUCCCCUCCGUCCCCCAUGGAUUCGGAAAAUAUGUCCGCUAUAUCCGGCACAACUCUUGCUCGCGCCCUUAUCAGGAACUCGUUCAUUUUGUCGUCGAGUGAUCGGGGAUCACGAUACCGCAGCGGUAUGGCGCGUCAGGACUCUGCUACUCUUCCUAGUGGCGACCGUCUGCUUAUGGAAAUCGCGCUUGCACGCGAUUCCGGCGGUGACUCCAUUGUGCCCCCUGUGCCCUCCCUACCUCCAGGCUCAGGAGUACUCCUACUAGAUCAAGCGAGAACGUCUGCCGUCCAAGAUAAAGAACAAAAGUUUCCAGAUACCAGUUCAUCCACCAUGGUGUCCCCGUCUUCUGGAGCUUACUAUGCAUCUCCUGAUAUCAUCAUGCAUUCAGGGCUACCAAGACGUAUUUCUCGAAUAUCAGAGGUUCCUUCGCCCGUACCGACAACGCCAAUGUCGCCACAGUCAAUUCGCGAUGCUCGGCCAAUGAAGAGUGGUAGCUCUAUAGCUGCAAGCAGUGUGCUCGCAAGGAUGGAUGAGACCGAUUCGGACGUUCCAAACACUGCUUCUCACACACCCGCAACGACUUCGUCCCACCGAUCAUUUCAUCAAACGGGAACAGGCAUGUCGAGCACUUCGAUCCAAUCAUCUGAAAUUGUCUCUCAUAGUCCAACGGAUGGUUUGGAUGGGUAUCACUUCGUUGCUCCUGAGCCUUCACAGCCCACCGCAUCUACUAGUUCUGAUGUUAGCGCAUAUCUGCAGACGAAAUCCAGCGAUGCCAGCCUGAGGAGGCGCAGGGCAAGAGCGCUGGGAACAACGCCAUCGUUGAGGGGCGGAAGAAGUUUCAAGGCGUCAGAUGUACCGUCGAAUAGCAUUUUUCAACGCAAUAAAAAGCAUAUCAGACUUCCUAUCGGCGAGCGUCCUCGUUCAAUCAUUGUCCCACAAACACCAAACAGUCCUCCACUGAUUGCCUCUUCUACCGUGCAAUGUCCCUCCGCGCUAUCCCAGUUUCCUCUGGUACCUACUUCUGCCGUUCCUGCUGGCCACAUCGAGAUGCCAUUGACGGCCUUUGCAGAGUCGGACAUUCUUAACACCAGCCCGUUUUCUGCAACGGGAAUCUUUGCACAACGUCAACAUGCGGAGUGUGCCUUUGGCAUUUCUGAACGCGUCACUUAUGACCUCCUGGAUUUCUCUAUCAAUGCGAGCCCCAAGUCGCAGAGUUCACCGACUUACCCCUCCUCGAGCUCUUCCACCGGAGAACAGACCUUCCCGGAGACUCCAAAUAUCUUCACUCCAUUAUUCUCCCCCAACUUUCCCGUACCCAUAACAGCACUCCAGCUUCCUGGACGCCCUCAGGCGCCUAGAUCGGCGACCCUUCCGAUACCACAAGAAUUCGUUGGGAUGGGCGCAUUGUCUCGGGCGAUGACACUGAGUGUUGCACCACGAGAAGAGGGCUCCGUGGGAGAUAAUAGUUCUCCCACCCCUUGGAGGCCGUUGUCUACCGUGAAGUCGACACCUUCUCCGGAACCUGACCCUCCUGAGAUCACUUCGGAAGUUGCACUUGUUCCAGCGUCCUCCACAGGACAGAAGAUCCGCACAACUGACCAGAAUAUUGAAGCCGCAAUACCGCUACAAUCAUCCCUUGUUGAUCCUGUUAUAUGUUCUCCAUUCUAUCGUGAAUCCACAAGCAGCGACAAGCUGCAAGGAGACGAAGUUUUGCAAGCCCUUGCACCCAAUUUUGCAUCAUCAAUCCCUUCAAUUAUUUCCCAAAAUUCAUUCACAUCUACAUCAAAAUCAUUCUCUUUGGUCGAGAAGCCUUCAUUGUCCCCAACAUCUGUGCCCCUCCCAGGAUCCCAAAAUGCAUCACCCUCCCUUCCAUAUACCCGCUCUGGGAGCAUAUCCUCAUUGACCUCGCCAUCGAAUUCACCAGGCGUUAAACCGCCAUUUUCCGAUCCUAAUUUCCAACCUUCUGGUACUAAUUUAUCCAGUCCUGGCGCACAAUCACCGAACCGCCCCCAGUUACUCAGCCCCCAACCGCAAGCGGCAUUUCCAAGGGGCAUAUCCUCAGCUCCCGAUCCUUUAUCGCAGCGCCCUGAAUCUGAAUCUCAUGUCGCUGGUACCUCAUUUUUACCCUCAGUUUCACCGCCCCCUCCCUCUACUCCUCCAAGGAGUCCACUCCCACCAUCAUUUGCCAAUUUGUCGCCAUCGUUGUCACCUUCGUUCAUAGCUCCUCCCUCAUACCACAGUGUGAUAUCAAAUGAGAAUGAUAUGCCUUUGUCAACAAGCACUAGUGGCGGUGCAUCGUCGCAGGAAACUGGCUCGGAAACGAAUUUCAUCAUUCGUCCACCGUCCAUUUCUGCUACCCCUAGCCUGCCUUCCAAUAUCAGGAGUCGAACUAGGGCCCGACCGCCACUGCCAAUCGGUCCGCGUAAACCUAGCGGUCCUAUCCAACCGCUUGGGUCAUUUGUACCUGGUAUCAGGGAGCGUAACGGAUCUGUGUCAUCUAUGGGUAGUGGCUAUGCUCAUGGUUCCGGAUCAGGCUAUGCAUGGCGCAAACUGACCGCUGCUGCUUCGACACCGGCACCGAAAUUCCAGACACCACCCUCAAGGUGGCGAGGGAUGACCCUGGAGGCGGCUCAGUGGACGCUCACGCAGCAUGAGCUUCAAACGAUCGUCUCAAGAGCCAUCAAGCAAUCCGCGGAAGCCUCGUCUAUACGUCUUCUCAGGACGGAGAUGUUGGAUGUGGACAUUCCCGAGGAAGUUCAUCGCCUCGAGAUGCAACGCACCGACGUUAAAACGAGGUACAAGAUGCUCGUGCGCAAGCGGUGGCAGCUUAUGGGCACCCUCGCUGGACAUCUGGAUGGUCCAGACUUGUGCGAUCCUAUGACUGCUGCACGCACCGUGGAGGAGCUUUCUGAAGUGUCCAUUGCUCUUGACCAGCUUACUGACGAGCUCCAUACCACUGUCGAGCAGCUAGGUCAACUGAAGAGUUUGCGCGAUGUACAUUCUGCCAGUGCCCUUGCCGUGGCUUUGAGGAAGGUUAAUACGACCUUCCUUAAACAGGUCGCCGAAUCUCAGAAACUUCGAGAGCAAAUCGACUCGAUGGAGGCUGAAAGGGAUGAAGCGUGGAAACAAGCAGAGGAUGUCGCCCAGGAUUUUGAUAAUCUUUCGGAUCAGGUUCGGGAGAGCCGCGGAGAGCGAGUUGCAGAGACGGCAGCGCUAAGGCUGUCAGGUAGACGAUCUGCGCGCAUUUCGGCCGUUCGGAAGUCGAGUAUACGCCAGUCUAAAGCGGGCUUGCGCUCUGUCAGUAAAAGUCGAAGUCAGCGUUCUUCUAUGACAUUCCUCCGGUCCCACCGCUGCCUUUACACACACCGCUUGGCAUUGUUACGUCGAACCUGUCUGGUCGUAGCUCUCUAGGCAAGUUCCAUUUGCAUUCACAGGUCUGUAUCUCACGACAUUGGUCAAUAUAGGAUCCACUUCGAACACAUCAUUUUCUGGUGCUCGAGCCUUGGCGCAAGCUCAGAGGGAGCUGUACGAAAUGCUGGGUCUGACCCUUCAAGAGACUCCUAGCGAGUCAUCUUCCAGGUCACGCUCC